CUUAUCCUCACCCAACAUCUACGGCUGCACAGGACAGAACUCUUCCCGUCAUACUUACAGCCUCCGUCUUCGCUCUGUGCCUCUCUCCCUUGCUUGCUCUCCUGUGCAGUUUCUGAAACGCGCUGGACUUCUGCCGCGGGCGUGAAGAAACCUCCCACCUGUUUCCGCCUCUGGUCACACUUUGUCCGUCUUCAAAACUGUCCAUCGAGCUCCGGCACGACCAAAUCCUCAACCAGUCCUCUCCCUCUCUCCUUCACUUUCUCCCCAACCUGCCUUCCUGCCGCCUUCCCCCCUCCAUUCUCUCGCUUUCUCUCGUUCAUUCACGCCGUCGCGGUCGUUUCUAGUCUUCGAAGCUUCUGUCGAAGCCAGACACGCUCCCACAGAACACAUUUGUUUCAACAUUUUGUGUUUGAAAAACGUCCGACAAACCAAAAUCAGGCUCCUGCUGGCGAAUCGGACUAGAAGGACGGGCCUUUUCGCAUGAGCUGGUCACGCUCACGGUGCAAUGCAAGCCGCGCCUCCCUUAUCUUCACCCCCGAUAUCCACCGACGGUAACGACUGGUCACCCAUAGGCGCAUACCCAACUUACGGAAGCAACCUCAACAACCCAAACCUCAAGGGCUUCCCAGAUACCCCGCCCAUUUCGUCCGGUCACAACAGUAACACAAGUACUACCGAUGGAGCCAUGCAGAACGGCGCUCGUGGUGGGAAUCCUUCACCUCCCAGCUCCGUCUCUCGGGGCAGCGUCGACAGUCGCAGCAUUGCCGGAAGCAUAGACAGCCGUCGUGCGUACUUGAUGGAAGAAUCGCUGUCCGAGCACUACAAGGUGCUCAAGAACUUUUUGUCCCCCUAUCUUAUGAAUGAACCAAACGACCAACGACAGAAUCGCGCCCGUGAUAAGCUCCUCCGUCUCACCUCAAUACAAUUCCAAGAGCUCAGCACAGAUGUUUACGACGAGUUGCUGCGACGAGAAGAUGAGAAACGUGGAGGUGGGCCUGGCAUGUCCGGCGCCCCAAAGUACCUGCUCCCCAAGCAAAACUUCCACUACAAGCGAAAUCAAGCUCGUCAAAAAUUAGCGACACUACCACCCGAAAGGUUCAGGCAGUUGGCCACAGAUGUUUAUUACGAACUUGAACGGCGCUUCCCAAGAUUUGCAGGUCUAGAUGGGCCUGGCAGCCGAGCCGGGAGCAUGAUGAGCGUUGGUCCUCCCCGAGUUGGAACGCCAAAUGGAUUCAGACCACCACCACGCACCGCAUCAAGGGGUCUGCCUGGUGGCUCUUUUGACAAUACUGCGCCGGGCAUUCAGCCUGGUCUUGAAAAUUCUCCCAACGACUACAACCAGCCAAUGCCGAAGACAUUUCAAAGCAAUACUAUCGUUCCUAAUAAAAGUCUCAUGGUUGAGGACGACGAUGAUGAUAACUCGGCAAGAGGUGCAAACGGCUCAAGCCCGGACGUUGCUGAGUUGAGAGCCCAAAUUGACGUAUUGGAGCGUAAGGUGGAUGAAUUACAGGGCCAAUUACGGGAAAAGGAUAAAGAACUUGAGAAGGUACAAUCCAGGCAGGGCCAGGAUCCAUCUUUGGAACAGGAGCGUUCAGAGUGGAAAGAGCUACGUUCUAGCUUGGAAGCCAAAUUGAAAGACGCCCGAGACCUCAACGACAGCCUCGAGGCAGAGCUAACCAGGGUACGUACAGAGAAACAGGACAGCGAGCGCCAACUACGUGAAGACCUGGAUGUUGCUCGCCGCAACGAACGCGAAGUUGAAAAGGAAUUGAGAGCGCAGCUGGAUGACGCAAGAAGGGAAGGAAGAGAAAUUGAACGUGACUUACGGGCACAGCUUGCAACAGCUACUGCAUCAAUCAAUCAGGAUCGUGCUGGCCUCACCGGUGGUUUCGGAGACUCUACCGAGAGAUUAGAGGCGCUUGAGCGAGAACUAGCCGAGCAGAAACAGACUACAGAGGAAGUCCGCCGAGACGCCGCACGGUUUCUUCAGGAAAUGAGGGACUUGUCUUUGCAGUCUGCUGAUGCGCUGGAGAAAGAAGAGCGAUUGCUUGAUCAAGUUUCGGCUCUUGAAAGAGAAGUACGCGAGUGGAAGGCUCGUUAUGCCAAGCUCAAGAGUCAGAACCGGUCUUUACGAGCGAGCAUGCUCGGCCUGCCUGGUAUCAACGGUGAUGCGAGCGCCAUGGCAAGAGAUUCGAUAUUCAGUGCUCCAGAUGGCUUGAUUAGAGAUGUGCACGUCACAAGCUAUCAACUUGCCAUCGACGAGCUACUGCAACUGGCAAGAAGACCAGAGUCGGACGCUCUAAUAGAGUGCAUGAAGCAGGUCGUAAUAACUGUGAGGAACAUUUCCUCCGACAUUGAAUCUCUAGGCACUCCGGAGAGCAGCUUAGACGACGGAACGGUCGAAUCACUCAGACAACAAACCUCUCUCAGGGCUAAGCUUAGCAAUGCAGCGAACAAUCUUAUCACUGCAACAAAAGCACACUCGGCUGCUGCAGGCCUUGCUCCUGUAAGCCUUGUAGACGCGGCAGCGUCAAAUCUUACAGCGGUUGUAAUGGAACUUGUUCGUGCUGUCAAGGUCAAGCCCACACCCUCUGACGAGUUGGAGUCACCCGAAAGUGACCGCGACAAGGCCCUUCCGGUCCCACCACGAGGCACUACGCCUACGAACUUCAACACGCUUUCCACAAAGGUGAACAGCGUCAACGGACAUGUUCGCAAUCAAAGCAGUCUUGGAAGCGCCUCUGGAUACUCUGCCUACAGUCGCUACAGCCGUUAUAGCAACAACCUGAGUCCUGCACGUGAAAGUGGUGACAAAGGGGGAGUUUUGGGAAUAACACAAAAUAGCAUGAGCUCUCUACAAGAGUCAUCACUUGAGGAGUUCAAAAACUUCUUGGAUGAUUCAACGGCGCUUCUUGUUCGCUCAAUUCAACCGCUGGUGAAUUCUGUUCGUUCAGGUUCAGCAGACGAUACCGUGAUCAAUGAAUACAUUCGCGAGAUAAGUUUAACUGUGGAAGACAUUACAGAGAAGACAAACUCUGCUGUGGCCGAGGUUGGAAAUUUGGCGCUGCGGAAGCACGCUCCUCCUGUUAUCAAGGUCCUCGAGAAGAGCAGGAUUGAACUGAACCAGGAGCGAAAUAACAAGGAAAAACUACCGCCCAUCGCCUUCCGCAUCGCCCGGGCAACAAAAGAGCUGGUCCUUCGUGUUGAUCGCAUCGAGUCAGGUGAGCUAACUGUCGAUGCCACCUUGCCUACAGAAUUUUGAGCGGGGUUCCUCAUCGUCUUUUACCUCUUGCAUUGCCGGCGCUUUCUAUUGCAUCAUUGCGAGCGUUCGCAGGCUUUUUGUCGUUUCUUUCAGCAUGAGAGGAUUUAGAAGAAUAAGAGCCAAACUAAGUAGUUCUGCUGCAAGUUCAUCCGUAGAUAUGGGGGAUUCUAAUCUUUAGCAUGAUCUGUUGGGGAGCUUCGUGAAAAUGAUGCGUACUUGAUUGGGCUGGUGGUAACCCGUGUCGCUGAGUCGUCACCUAAGUUUUCACUGAAUGGUGUAUUUGUAGCUUGUGUAAGAUACCCGAGACGAUGAAAUGGCAUAAUUUCUGGUAGUCGAUGAUUCGGAUAUAUUACACCAAUUGAUAGCUGUUCUGUUUGAUGUCUCCACGCUCAAGAAAACAUGCUUGAGAUGUUGUUACAGCAGAACCGAGCGGCGUCUUUGUCUCCCCGAUUUACAAUCGUUCUCCGGCUAGAACAAGCAGC